UGCACAACGAGCGCUGGCGGUGGCAGCUACAGCGGAGACCUGGGUCCUGCUUGUCCCCCUACUCCUCCUUUUUGUUAUUUUUUUUUUUUUGUCCUUCCUCCCCCUCUUCCCUCCCCUUCCCCCGCGGCUGCCGGAGCCAGAGAAAACUCCUGUGCAAAAGCCCGGCCAUCACCGCCCGAUCGCCGGCGCUCGGGCUGGAAAGUUGCGGCAGACUCCGGGUGCUCUGCUACAGCGGGGAGAAGGCUCCGGACUUACAAAAACCCAGACGGGGAGAGGGGCCACGGGCUUCUUAGACCUUUUGCACCGUUCUUCUUCUUCCUGCACAAAGCCGAAGGCAGCAUCUUUGUGUUGUUUUGCUUUUGCCCUUCCUGCUCCUUUCUCCGUGCGCUCGGGUGUCGAUAAGUGCCAGGAGCUGCUGCAGCCGGCGGUGCUCUGCGAACGCCGAUAUAAAAAAAAGGCAAGGAGACUUCCAGGUGGCCCCCGGGUGCCGGAUCGUCCUUGGCUUUGGUUGCUCUAGACUGACGAAGCCUCAGAAGCCGGCAGAAGGAGGCGGCGGUGGAGGGGGGAGCCGAGGAAGCAAAGCCAAAGUUGAUUUGGAAUAAAGGAGAACGGCCAACCCUCUGCCAGGCUGCGCGCUGGAGUGAGGUCUCCAGCCCCCUCCACCGGGAGAGGUGUCCUCAAGACAGCGAUGGCCGGAGAGCUCAGCAUCGGAGCCGAGCUGCCCACUAGCCCCCUGGCCAUGGAGUACGUCAACGACUUCGACCUGAUGAAGUUCGACGUGAAGAAGGAGCCCCUGGGCAGGAACGACCGUUCGGGCAGGCACUGCACCCGUCUGCAGCCUGCUGGCUCCGUCUCCUCCACCCCCAUCAGCACCCCCUGCAGCUCUGUGCCCUCCUCGCCCAGCUUCAGCCCCACCGAGCAGAAGACCCACUUGGAGGACCUGUACUGGAUGGCAAACAGCUACCAGCAGAUGAACCCCGAGGCGCUGAACCUCACUCCAGAGGACGCGGUUGAAGCCCUCAUUGGGUCCCACCAGGUAUCCCAGCAGCUGCAAGGCUUUGAAGGCUUCCGGGCCCACCACCACCACCAUCAUCACCAUCAUCAACACCAUCACCAGUACCCCACGGUCACUCACGAAGACCUGGCCGGCAGCGGGCACCCUCACCACCACCAUCAUCACCACCACCAGGCCUCACCCACUCCCUCCACCUCCUCCAGCUCCUCCCAGCAGCUCCAGAACUCGCACCAGCAGCAUCCCCCCUCCAGCAGCGUGGAGGACCGGUUCUCAGAUGACCAGCUGGUCUCCAUGUCUGUGAGGGAGCUCAACAGGCACCUCCGAGGCUUCACCAAAGAUGAGGUGAUCCGUCUCAAGCAGAAGAGGAGGACCUUGAAGAACAGGGGCUAUGCCCAGUCCUGCAGGUAUAAACGUGUCCAGCAGAAACAUCACCUGGAGAAUGAAAAGACCCAGCUCAUUCAGCAGGUGGAACAGCUCAAGCAAGAAGUGACCCGGCUUGCCAGAGAGAGAGAUGCCUACAAGCUCAAGUGUGAGAAACUUGCCAGCAAUGGCUUCAGAGAGGCCGGCUCCACCAGUGACAACCCAUCUUCCCCCGAGUUCUUCAUGUGAGUGCUUAACAAAAAUAAUUAAAAACAAACAAAAAAAUCCCCCCACCCCCAAAACCUGACCCCUGUCACCUUUCUCCCCCUACCCUAUCCUCCUCUGACAUCUCCAUCCAUCUGUCUGCUUGACUAGAGAGAAAGAAGGAGAGAAAAAUAGAGACUUGAUUUUUAAAUUUUUUUUUUCAGCAUCGUCUUCUAGAGUAGCUGUGGGGAAAAAGUAGGCUGGGGGUGGGGAUGGGAGAGGUAAAGUGCAGCUUUUUGGCUUUUGUUUGCGAGUUAGAGAGAGGGACAGAGACAGAGGCAGAGAAGGACAAGUAAAGCGUUUUGUAGCCUGCUUGCUUGCAGAACGAGAUGGACUUUGAGAGAAUAAUAAUAAAAGACAAUGAACAAGCCAUCUAUAACAUCCUGCCUACUCGGAGAGAUAGAGGGGACAGACACAGCACCAUCUCAUGCACAAUUUACCUGCUUGGAACAUAAAAAAAAAAAAAAAAAAAAAGAAUAAAUCAAGAGGACAAUAUAUGCAAAGUCUUCAUAUAUUGCCUGCUUUGAGAAAUGAGUUACAGGACUCAGAUGGGACAUUCAAUCUCAGAAAGGAAAGAAAGGAUGGAAAGAAAAAAAAAAGAAAGAAAGAAGGAGAGAA